AGGGAAGGAGGGAGGGGUGGGAAAAGUUAGGGGAGAAGGAGGAACUGCAAGGAAAGAUAACCCACAAAGUCAGAGAGAAGGUCUCUGAGAUUUCAGCUCGCAAGCCAGAGAAGGGAGGGUCUUGUCCCCUCUAGAAGUUACCGGAAUUUCGUUUUGUGAGGCGAUUGUGGGAGGUAGAGGGAGGGGCAGGGGUCUGUGACUGCUCCAGGACUGCCAGCGGAGAGAUUGUGAAAGUUUAAAAAAGAGAAAGAAGGAUCGGAGCAAAGGAGGGCGGCAGCAGGGGAGGCCAUGCGGGCGGACAGAUCCCUCUCCAGGGUCCCGCUUCACAAAAUGAGAGCCCGCGGGAGAGCUUCUGCAGGGUCCGUCCAGCUAGGAAAGGUGAGCACUGAAGAUGCCUGCUGCUAACACCAUGACUGGCGGGAAUGCGCUGCUGCUCAGUACAAACACUGAAAACUGCAUCUACCAAUCAGCUAACGGGCUUCAGCGCUGUGGGUCAAAGAUUGGGGAGCCUCCUCCUGGGGCCCCACCCCAACCAGGGGAGUCCAAGACCCCCCUGAGUGACACCCCAAGGUGGUCCGCCAUGCUUGCCCACAAGAGGGUGAUGAAUGCAACCCCCCCGGCCAACGAGAAUGGCCUGUCAGGGAGAAACAUGGCCAGCAUCCGUGACAAAAUUUCCCGAUGGGAGGGGCUGGAGAAGAAGGAGCCCGCCUCUCCGCAGACCCGCUCAUCGUCUCCAACGGCAACAGCAAAAGGGGCGGAAAGCACCAAGAAGGACGAUGGUGGAGCCAUCGAGACACAAAGAGGGGAGGGUAGCAGGAAGCUGGCCUGCUGGGAGAGGCAGGACUCUGGGAAAGAGAACGUAGGGAAACUUGGGGAUUUGAGGCCUAAGUCCCCAGAGGGGCCUGGAUGGAGGGAGCGAGAGAAAAGAGAGAGGGAGAGGGGGGCCUCGGAGAAAGAUAACUGUGGGAUGCAUGCGGAGACCGUCCGGGACAAGAGGUCGGUUUCGACCCACAUUGAAAAGCUGGAGCGGGCUGUGAAGGAUAGUAAUGGCGGCUCCUCUCUGGGGUUGCCAGGCAACUACUUUACCCCCCCUCAGAAGGGGGAGCAGGGCAAAGCAGAGCGGAGGGCUACGGAACCUAUUUUUGGGUCGUUGGGCGUGGUCAGUCGGGGGCCCUCGCGGGGCCGGAGGGGGCAGGACCCGAAUAACGUUUACACAGAACCGGGGUCCCCCUCAAUCAACCCCCUCCCCAAACCCCAACGCACCUUCCGGCACCACACCCCCGACGGGAUCCAUGGCUCUGCCCAGAGCAAAAGUAGGAGGAACCUCCCUCCUCUGCCCUCCAUACCUGCCCCACCCCUGCCCACCUGCCCCCCUCCCACGGGGGCACAAAGAAGGGCACGAGCAGACUGGCGCAAGAACACCAGCAACAGGAAGUCGUUUGAGUUUGAGGAUGUGCUGCAGGUGUCCCCGGAGGCCCGUGGGGUUGACUGGUACGCCCAAUCCAAGACGUCCCUCGCCCCCGCUCCGUCCGAGGAGAACGUUUACGAGGAUAUUUUAGAUCAACCAGCCAAAGAAAACCCCUAUGAGGACAUUGAGUUGGCGCGCCCUUUCCUUGAUAACAAGAGCCCUCGACCCCUGUCGCCCUCCUCACCUCCCCCUGACACCCCUACAAAGCUGACCUCCAGGCCAGUGUUCUUCAGACAGAACUCGGAGCGUCUGGCCUUUAAGCUCCUGGACCUGCGGAAGUCCGGCAGAGAUGGGGGAGUGGGGUCGCCCCCGCGGAGCAGCCCCCCCUCCACCCCGAGCAGCCCCGACGAAAUGCCCUGCCCCUCCGGGGACGCCUACGGCCGCAGACGCAGGAAAAUCCCAAAGCUGGUUCUGAAGAUCAAUGGGAUCUUCGAGGCCCGGAGGGGAAAGAAACAUGUGAAGAGGAUGUCCCAGUCCGCAGAGUCCAGCUCUGGCAGAGUAACAGAUGAUAACAGUGAGUCAGAGAGCGACACGGAGGAGAAGCUGAAAGUGCAUAGCCUGCGGCUGGUGUCCCUACAGUCCAUGCUGAAGCAGACCGGUCGGUGCCGGACGCUGGAGAGGGACCUGAUGGAGCUGACGGAACGUCGGCUCUUUGAGUACUUCCUGGUUGUGGCACUGCACAAGGCCAAGGCUGGCGCCCCCUACCUGCCGGAGGUCACGCAGCAGUUUCCUCUCAAGUUGGAGAGGAGCUUUAAGUUUCUUCGGGAGAGGGAGGACCAGCUGAAGCUCAUCCCUCAGUUCUGUUUCCCCGAUGCCAAGGACUGGGCCCCCAUCGACUGCUUCCCCAGUGAAACUUUCUCAUUUGUCUUGACUGGUGAAGACGGAAGUAGAAGAUUUGGAUACUGUCGUCGGUUACUGCCUGGUGGUAAGGGAAGAAGGCUGCCGGAGGUGUACUGCAUUGUGAGUCGACUGGGCUGCUUUGAUCUCUUCUCCAAGAUCCUGGAUGAGGUGGAGAAGCGCAGGGCCAUCUCCCCCGCCCUGGUGCAGCCCUUCAUGAGGGCUGUCAUGGAGGCUCCCUUCCCCGCCCCCGGCAGGACCAUCACCGUCAAGAACUUCCUGCCUGGAGCAGGAAUCGAGGUGAUUGAGCUGUGUCGGCCGUCAGACUCACGUUUGGAGCAUGUGGAUUUCGAGUGCCUGUUCUCCUCCCUCAGCCUGCGCCUCCUCCUGCGGGUCUUCGCCUCCCUGCUGCUGGAGCGCAGGGUCAUCUUCACCGCCGACAAACUCAGUACCCUGUCUCAGUGCUGUCAUGCAGUAGUGGCACUGUUGUAUCCCUUCACCUGGCAGCACACCUACAUCCCCGUCCUGCCCCCCUCCAUGAUCGACAUCAUCUGCACUCCCACCCCCUUCAUCGUGGGGCUCCUCUCCAGCUCCCUGCCCCGUCUCAAGGAGCUCCCGGUCGAGGAGGUUCUGGUGGUUGACCUUGGCAACAGUCGCUUCCUCAGACAGGUGGAUGAUGAGGACUCCAUUCUGCCCCACAAGCUGCAGUCUGCCCUGGAGCAGGUGCUGGAGAGGAGGAGGCAGCUGGCCUGUGAGGCAGGGGAGGGCCCCGGGGACUCCGCCUCUCUGAGCGUGGUGGUGUCCGAGGCCUUUGUGCGGUUCUUUGUGGAGGUGGUGGGACACUACCCCCUCUUCCUCAGCGGGGGGGAUCGCGAGGAAGAGCUUCCCCUCUCCUCCUCCUCUUCCUCUCCUUCCCCAACUCCUCCCUACUCCUCCUCCUCUUCCUUCCAGCGGGAGGCCUUCCGCAAGGCAGUCUCCUCCAAGAGCCUGCGUCGCUUCCUGGAGGUCUUCAUGGAGACCCAGAUGUUUGCCGGGUUUGUCCAGGAGAGAGAGCUAUGCAGGAAUGCUCCAAGGGGUCUGUUUGAAGUGAGGGCCCAGGAGUACCUGGACUCUCUACCUGGGAGCGAGCACCGUGGGGUGAACAAGUUCCUCAAAGGUUUAGGUAGCAAAAUGAAAUUCCUGUCCAAGAAAUGA